AUGGCGGACAUGCAAGACGGAAAGUUUGUUCACGACGCAACAACGGCGCCCAAGUCGGACCGCGUCCUGCCGCUCUUCUCCCUCAAGGGGAAGACAGCCAUCGUCUCGGGAGCCACCUCCGGCAUCGGGCUUGCCGUCGCCCAGGCUUUGGCUGAAGCGGGGGCCAACGUCGCGAUUUGGUAUAACAGGCGGAAAGAGGAAGCCGAACAGUCGGCAGCGGACAUUGAGAAGGAGUACGGCGUUAAGUGCCGAGCCUACCAAGUAGAUGUGUCCUCCUACCCCGCCGUAGAGGCUGCCAUCGACCAGAUCGCCCGCGAACUCAACGGCCGUCUUGACGUCUUCGUCGCCAACUCGGGCGUCGCCUGGACCAAGGGACCGAUGCUCGACGGGCCCAUCGAUAUGUACAGUGACGUGGUUAAAACCAAUAUCGACGGCACCUACUUCUGUGCGCGCGCCGCCGGCCAGCAUUUUCGGCGCCAGAAGAAGGAGGGCACGACACUGGAUGGGAAGCCCCUGGACCCCCCGUUUACAACGGGCAGUUUCAUUGCCACGGCCAGCAUGAGCGGGCAUAUCGUCAACGUGCCGCAGUUGCAGGCCGCGUAUAACGCCAGCAAGGCCGCUGUGAUCCACCUGUGUAAAAGUCUGGCGGUGGAGUGGGUGGGCUUCGCGCGGGCGAAUUCGAUCAGUCCUGGCUAUAUUAAGACGAGCAUCUCCGAGUUCUGUGACGAGGACACGAAGAGGGCGUGGAAGGACAAGAUUCCUGUUGGCCGCGAGGGCGAGCCGAAUGAGCUCAAAGGAGCAUACUUGUAUUUGGCCUCCGAUGCGUCAUCGUACACGACGGGGACGGAUAUCACUGUCGAUGGCGGGUACUGUGCGCCAUGAGGGGGACGGUGUCACGAUUGGGGCACGAACGACUGUUGAAAAAUCGGCAGUGGUUGCAUUGUCAUAGCGUAGAGGUUCAUGCCAGUCCAGGCGGAUAGACCAUAGACGAAGCAAGUGGAGAAUACCUGUGUUCGAAAGUCAUGGCAAGGUAGAUGCGAGAAAAGCUGUUGCAAGUGCUGGUGGGUUUCAAGUGAAGUUGCAAGCGAGGUUGUACAGAUAGAUGAAGUGUAACCCUAACCCUCACUC